UCCUCCUUCCCCCUGCCGUCUGCGGCCCUGCCCCUUCCCGCCCGCCGCCCCGGCUGUGGCUGACAGUUUAUCAUAGGAGCCUCUGUGAAGCUGUUUUUUUGAAGUAAUGCCAAUAGAAAGUGGAAGUUGUGCAUCUGCUCGGCAAGCAAAGCAGAAACGUAAAUCGCACAGUCUUUCAAUCCGAAGAACCAACAGUUCCGAGCAAGAACGGGCAGGACUGCAGAGAGACAUGUUGGAAGGGCAGGAUUCUAAACUACCAUCUUCUGUCCGGAAUACACUCCUUGAACUUUUUGGACAAAUAGAGCGGGAGUUUGAAAACCUGUAUAUUGAAAACUUGGAAUUACGUAGAGAGAUUGAUACACUGAAUGAGCGUUUAGCAGCUGAAGGACAGACAAUUGAUGGAGCUGAACUGAGCAAAGGACAACUGAAAACAAAAGCCAGUCAUAGUACCAGUCAGCUUUCUCAGAAAUUAAAGACAACUUACAAGGCAUCUACUAGCAAGAUUGUAUCCAGUUUUAAAACUACAACAUCAAGGGCAAUCUGUCAACUGGUAAAGGAAUAUGUUGGCCACAGGGAUGGUAUAUGGGAUGUCAGUGUCGCGAAAACUCAACCAGUGGUGUUGGGAACUGCAUCUGCUGAUCACACUGCUUUGCUGUGGAGCAUAGAAACAGGGAAGUGCCUUGUCAAGUAUGUAGGGCAUGUUGGAUCAGUAAAUUCGAUAAAGUUUCAUCCAACUGAGCAAGUGGCUCUUACAGCAUCUGGAGACCAGACAGCUCACAUCUGGAGAUACAUAGUACAGUUGCCUACACCUCAGCCAACUGCAGACUGCAAUCAAAUGUCUGGAGAAGAUGAAGUUGAGUUCUCAGAUAAAGAUGAACCUGAUGGAGAUGGAGAUGGUUCUAGUGAUUGUCCCACUGUCAGAGCCCCAUUAACUUCACUGAAAAGCCAUCAAGGAGUGGUCAUAGCAGCUGACUGGCUUGUUGGGGGGAAGCAAGCUGUGACAGCGUCGUGGGAUAGAACAGCAAAUCUGUAUGAUGUAGAGACUUCUGAACUGGUCCAUUCUCUUACAGGGCAUGACCAAGAGCUAACACAUUGUUGUACACAUCCCACCCAACGUCUUGUGGUGACAUCAUCACGCGAUACAACCUUCCGUCUGUGGGAUUUCAGAGAUCCUUCUAUCCAUUCUGUGAAUGUCUUUCAGGGCCACACAGACACUGUGACAUCUGCAGUUUUCACUGUGGGAGACAAUGUUGUUUCUGGUAGUGAUGACCGUACUGUAAAAGUUUGGGAUUUGAAAAACAUGAGGUCUCCUAUUGCAACGAUCCGUACAGAUUCUGCAGUCAACAGGAUUAACGUAUGUGUUGGCCAAAGAAUCAUCGCCCUUCCACAUGACAACCGACAGGUUAGAUUAUUUGACAUGUCAGGAGUGCGAUUAGCACGCCUCCCUCGCAGUAAUAGACAGGGCCACAGAAGAAUGGUAUGUUGCUCAGCAUGGAGUGAGGACCAUCCAAUAUGUAACCUCUUCACAUGCGGAUUUGAUCGUCAGGCUAUUGGUUGGAACAUCAACAUCCCUGCUUUGUUACAAGAAAAAUGAAAUGCUGGAAGAAUUUUUGCAUUUUAUGUUGCCAUGGACUUCUACACUUUCGCAGACUUUUCUGAACACUGGUCUGCUGUCACUGUAAAAGCUCUUCCGUAAGGGGAGACUUCAGCAAAUGUUGUUCUUGUUACCACAUUGUGCACAGUUUGCAUGAAUU